AUGCCUAGAUUAGUGUUACAGAAAUCUAUCAGAGUGAAAGGUGUUAGUCAGUGUGUUCACAUUUCCCGUGUAUCUUCAGACCGGGUCUGGAUCUGUGAUAAAGACAAUCUCAUAUUGACAAAUACUGCAGGUGAAGAACUAACUCGUUUGACAGGUAUAUCUAGUGGUGAAGGAGUACACACAGUGACAAGUGACGGCGAUUUAAUUUAUAUAGACAGGAAGGGUAACAUCAUUAAACUGUCUAAAGAUAACACAGUGAAGACUGUAUUAAAAUCGUACAACACAGAGCAAUGGGAACCACAUUGUGUCUACAGCUCCCCUUCCACUGGAUACCUGCUGGUCGGGAUAUAUAAUAAAUAUACAAGGAUAGGCCAGGUAAACCGUUACACUAAGACAGGACGACACCUACAGACCAUACAGCACGACAACACAGGUCAGGGACUGUAUAGUUCACCUAACUUCAUCACAGAGAACCGCAAUGGAGAUGUUAUUGUGUCUGACCCUGUCCAUGGUGUAGUGGUGACAGACAGUAGAGGUAGACAUCGAUUCUCCUACACAGAGCUUACAUCAGGAUUACGACUAUGGCCAUAUGGAAUCUGUACUGACGCGCUGUCACACAUCCUGGUGUGUGAUUAUGUAACUCAAGUAGUAAAGAUUCUGGACAGGGACGGUCACUUCCUGUCAAAUACAAAGACACCAUAUGCACAACACGGGAAAGACGGACCAUGCGGUCUGAAUUAUGAUGACAGAACUCAGUUUUUCUGGGUAGGAUCACGGUACGACAACACAGUAAACAUCUAUAGACUUAUCUAUGAAGACUCUCUGACCGCUCUCCCGGUGGAGAACUUGAAGUGUGAGAAGCAUCCCAGAGGUACAUUGUCCCAGUUCUGUAUCCCGUGUGAGGCCGCCUUGUGUGAGAUCUGUAUCACGUCCUCUAGUGAUCAUAAAAUUCAUGAUGUUAGAGAUGUUGAGAAAUUGUUUCGUGAAAUUUACAAGAGGACAGAUGGAGAUGUAGUUUUGAAGUGCCUUCUUCUUUGCCAGAACUACAAAAUAAAUCUUGAAGAACAAUGGAUGGACAAAUAUAAUGCUGUGGCUGAAGUUUUCAAAUUUAAGAAGAUUAAGAAGAAAUCUGAUCUCACCAAAAUAGAAAAGUACAAACCAGUGCUGAAACAGGAUAGUUCCAAUGUCGAGUUUUCUUGUAAAUUCUUCAGAGACACAAGUUUUCUAAGAUUUGCAAAAGAACGUAAAUUUGUUGAUAUGUUUCUAAUUUGGGCAGAAAAAGAAAACAUCGCAAAGUAUUGCAGAUCGUCAAAUUACCUGAGAAGAGAGGAUGAAAAAGAAGUUUGUUGUUGGUUAUUGCCAAAUCAGACAGAACAACUGAUAGAUAGACUUGGGGAAGAGAUAUUCACACAUGUCACAAUGAGGGACCGAUCAAUACAUAAAUCAGUGUAUAGAAAGCUGGGCAUACCAGUACAAGUGAUAAUGAGAGGAGAUGACUCCGUGAAAAAUUUCCUGGACAAUCUAAAGAAAGGAAAGACCGCCAUGUACCACGCCACUGGGAUGUUGAUAGGAUGUGCAGGCAGUGGAAAAACAACGUUACUUGGAAGAUUAAAAGGCAUAGACAUAGAGGAAAUUCGGAGAAAUACAAAAUCUACCAGAGGAGUCGAUAUUCAGAAUGACGUUUUUGAUGUGUCAGAUACCAUCAAAGUAAAUUCUUCAAACCAAAAACAACGCUUUAAGGUUAGACUUGAUGAAAAAAGUCAACAUCACAGUGUUCCUGACCCUCCUGUAGAAUUAUCUGAUGCGAUGAAAACACUGGCGAUUGAUGACCCAGGGGAUUCUAAAGACACUGGUAGCGAGGCUGAUGAUGAGAAGAUGUCACCUGCACGUUACAGCAUGGACACAGUAACCGAGUCACUCAAAGGAGAAGAAGCCGCGGCUCCUUUGUUUGAAAAGACAGAGGAAAAAGUAACGGAAAGUCCAAGUGUUAUGGAGAGUUCAGAAAGUUUAGGCAUUUUAAAGGUUUCAAAAAGUGCUACCGAUGAACCAGAGAAAAAAAUCGGCAUGGUUGAUUUUGCGGGACAGUGUUCAUAUUAUUCCUCACACCAGAUUUUUCUGAGUCCACGAGCAUUCUUCAUUCUGGUGCUCAAUAUGGAGAAAAACUUUGAUGAAAUGGUAGGAGAGGAAGUGUGUAGCCAGGAACGAUCCAUUUACAGAGGAUAUACACACAGAGACUACCUUACAUUUUGGACAAAAUCUAUUCAUCAGUACAGCAGCGAAAAGGCUCCCAUUUUACUGGUUGGUACUCAUGCUGAACAAAAGACAGAUCAGGAAAAAGCGGAAUUUUUCCGUGAGAUAUGGAAGACUUUGCAAACAAAAACCAAGUCUUUGCAGAGACAUCUUGAUAUCAAGAGAGAAUUUGCCAUAGGAUUCCACGAGAAUGAAGGCAUUGAAAAAAUCAAGGAGUCGAUUGUUGAUGUUGUUCGGAAACUUGAUCACUGGGGUAAAAUGCUUCCGCAUUCCUGGGCUAUGUUUGAAAACUUCUUUCAGGAGAAGAAAUACCUCAAAAUAAUUAAUAAAAGAAUACUUUUAGGUUUCAAUGAAGCAUUACCACAGGACAUUAAGUUAGAGACAGAAGAUGAUAUCAAUACCAUGCUGCAGUUUUUCCAUGAUAUCAGAGAAAUCUUGUAUUUCAAUCAAGAAUUUCUGAGAGAAAUGAUUAUUCUAGAUGUUCAGUGGUUUGCAGAUGCAUUUAAAAAUGUAAUUACCGACAAAAACCAUGCAAAGAAAGAUUUACGUGAGUUUACAUCUGAGUGGGACCAAUUCGAUGACACUGGAGAAUUGAGUGACACUUUGCUGACUAAGAUUUGGGAAAUGAACAAUAAUGAAUACCUUGAACACAAAGAUGGUAUCAUGCUGUACAUGGAGAAGCUAGGGCUAUUGGCUAAAAUGGAUGACGAAAAAUGGUACGUUCCCUGUAUGAACAAAAGAGCAUUCCCUGUUAAUGCGUUUUCAUCACACCCCGCCUCAUCCAUCCUGUGCUACACGUUUGAUGUUCUUCCUGCUGGAAUUUUCCAUCGACUUGUAGCAACUUGCAUGCAAAAUACUUCAAAGAUGUUUUCCUUUGAAGACCGAGGAUGCAUAUAUCAGACUGCUGCUAAGUUGAUGUAUCAGGACCGUCACCAUAACAUUCUGAUCGGAAUGACCCAGACAGAAAUUCAGCUGCAGGUGUUUGUUGUAGAGGGGGAAGUUGAUUUUUCAACAUGCCACAAAAUAAGAAAAAGAAUUGAGAGUGUGUUACAUGACCUUUCUAACACAUUCCAGAAAAAUUCUGAAUUACACGUUGCGUUCAAAUGUAAACCUGUUGGAUUUUGUGACAGUCGGGAGAGUGCUGUCCUUAGUGAAUCAGAGUUUUCUCGAGCAACUUUCCAGUGUCCUUCCUGUAAAGAAGAGAAAAUCCAUAUUGUUAACACUAAAGACAUCACAAAAUACUGGAAACAGAAUGUCCUAGAUCUACUUGAAGACAGAUCUUCUAAUGAUGGAAAAGCAGAACAGCAGCAUGGUGAGCAGUUCAGAAAACUUCUAGAUAAUUCUCAUCCACAUGAGCACACCGAAAUCUUUGGGAAAUACGAAAUAGGAAAACGGGUAGGCCGAAUACAAUUUACUGGAGGUCGUGGAGUAGGAACAGGAUUUAGAGUAGGCAGCAAAAAGAAAGAAAAUCCAAAAAUUUAUGGAUAUGUGGAGGCUGUGGUUCCCCUUUAUUCUGAUGCUUCAUUUAGAAGAAUGUUUCGAAUGUCAAGACAGACAUUUCAAAUCCUCUCUUCAUAUCUAGAGGAAGUUCGAGAGAUGAAGAAAGGCGGUAAUGGUGGUAAAGAACGAAUGCCUCCACAUAAAGAAAUUUUAAAUUUUAAUAGGGACUCUGGACAGCAUUGA